CUGUAUAUGGAUACGGAAUCAACCAAAGCAAUAUGUUACAUAUUUGCGUCUUUGUGGUAUAGGCCUAGUUGUGCGUUUUUGUUAGUCACGUCUAGCUAAUUAGAUCUUGCAUUAAGUUCCGCGUUUUCAGAAAGUUCAGUUCAGUUCUGAGUCAUAGGGCUAGUGCAAUUCCUGACUGAAAUGCCUUUUCGCUUAGUAGGCUUCUUCGCUGUAUAUCUGAAUAGCUCUCGUUUUAAGCCUAGUCGCCGCUGUCUGUUUCUAUGUUGUAGGAAAGAUGAUAGCCAUGUAACCCUGUGUCUCGAAAGCUGAUCGUGCCUCAGUUCUGGCGAACGCGGUUACCUACCCCUGUGGAGAACGGUGCAUGCGUCAAAGAGCCUUGUCUAGACAAAUGUAAAGCCAGGCUGCCAUGGAAAACCCGGCUGUGUUUUCUGCUCUGGAGGCUGCGUGCGACGACGCCAAAGCUGCCCUUUCAAGGCCCUCCAGUUUCAACGACACAGAUGUGGCCUCCCGCCUGCUGGAGUCCGUGCGUCUCAUCCAGAGUCACGGUCGCGCCCUGGAGCCUGUGGUCAAGCACUUCACCACAGUAUUCCACCACUUCGACCUGGACCCCCAGACUCCAGCGAAUGGGUACCGGACAUUGGUCAAGGUGGUGCGCUCCUGCCUCCUCUACAUCAUCCAGAAGACGCGCUACGUCGCUGCCAACUGUGCCGGCGCCUUCUUCCGGGCGGAGCACAACGCGGGCGAGCUGGAGGCGUAUAGUGCGGCACUGCGGCAGCUGCGGGCGCUGCUGUACCUGGGCCAGCGGCUACUGGGAGAGAACGGCAUCGAGCAGCUCUACUCCACACAGGACCACGGCCUCAGCCACAGCUUUGUGCAGGAGUACAUGUCCCUGCACAAGGCCUGCUUCUACGGACGCUGUCUGGGCUUCCAGUUUUCCCCAGCCUUGAGGCCAUUCUUUCAGACUGUGGUCAUCAGUAUGGUGUCCUUUGGAGAAAACUGGAAGAAGCCGCAAACUGGUAUAGGGAGGGCUGCCUUGUCCAUACUCACGUCAGGGAAGUACGUGGUUGACCCGGAGCUCCGAGGGGCCGAGUUUGAACGCAUUACCCAGAAUUUGGACAUGCACUUCUGGAAGUCCUUCUGGAACCUCACGGAAUCAGAGUUACUCUCAGGUUUGUCCAGUAUAGUAGCGCAAACGGUCCAGGUGAACCUGACUCUGACUAUACCUCCGGUCACCCUGCGGAUGCCGCUGGCCUCUGACUCGCGCCUCUGCGUGGCCGUCCACCCACCCGUGGCCCACUGGGGCCCAGGACACGUCAAGAUGAGGCUCAUCUCACACACACUCCGAGAAGGACAGGACAGUGAAGAGCUGUUGGUGUAUUCCCGACCAGAGGGCUCCACCAGCUCCGUGUCAUUCCCUUCGGCAUUCCGACCUCAGCGAGGCCCCCUCUCUCCCUGGCUCCUCGUGCACUUCCAUGGUGGUGGAUUUGUUGCCCAGACCUCCAAAUCUCAUGAGAGCUACCUGAAGAGCUGGUCCAGGGACCUGGGUGUGCCCAUCCUGUCGGUGGACUACUCCCUGGCCCCCGAGGCCCCCUUCCCCCGGGCACUGGAGGAGUGCUUCUACGCCUACUGCUGGGCCCUGCAGAACUGCCACCUGCUGGGCUCUACGGCGGAGCGCGUGUGUCUGGCUGGGGACAGCGCUGGCGGUAACCUGUGCAUCACGGUGUCCAUGCGGGCGAUAUCCAACGGCGUGCGGGUGCCCGACGGCAUCAUGGCCGCCUACCCCGCCACCCUGCUGACGGCGGACGCGUCGCCCUCCCGCCUGCUCACGCUCAUAGACCCCAUGCUGCCUCUGGGCGUGCUCUGCAAGUGCAUCAACGCUUACGCCGGUGUGGAGGGCCAGACCGUUCAGCCCUCUGAGGACCUGGGCGCUCUGGGAGCACUGGGCCGCAACACCGCCCUGCUGCUGACCGACCUCACCCAGGGGGCGUCCAGCUGGUUCCAGUCCCUCCUGGACCCCGUGUCCCUUUCCGUGUCCUCCACGGCGCAGCAGGGUGGUCAAAAGGCAGGGGAGCAGGGCGGCUAUGACGACGACGAUGACGGCGAUGACGGCGGCGACGGGCUGGGGGAUUACCCAGAGGGCUUUUCGCCCCUGCGCUCCACACAGCUGUCGGAGGUGCGCACGCCGAGCGCGCCCAUCCUGAAGAACCCAUAUGUGUCGCCGCUCCUUGCGCCCAGCAAUCUGCUCAAGGGACUGCCACCUCUUCACAUAGUGGCGUCUGCUCUGGAUGCUAUGCUGGAUGAUUCUGUGAUGUUUGCCAAGCGCCUCCGAAGCAUCGGCCAACCAGUGACCUUGACCGUCGUGGAGGACCUCCCCCACGGCUUCCUCAGCCUAUCACAGCUCUCCAAGGAGACUCAGGAGGCCUCGGAGAUCUGCACGCAGCAAAUAAGAGAUGUCUUUGAGCAAGGCCCGGUCACUGUGAACCACGGGCGGCCAAAUGCACACCUCAACAAUCACAACGCAGCAGUGACGGACCCCUUCGGGUUGGCAAGAAGAGAUGCGGACCGAGAGGGGGAAAGUGACCUGAGUGAUUAAGUGAUUAAAUUGGAGGACCAGCUUGUUCGGCAGAGUGAGGCUAUAUGUGGAAUAUAUACGCCAGUGUGUUAAAAGGGACCCCCAUGCAUUAUAUGCUGAUGUAGCGAGUAGAACAUAUAAGAAUGUAAAUCAUUUAAAAAGACAUGGAAAACAGGAAGUAUGUUAGACUUUCUUGCCUUUGCACAUGACCUUCUAUAUUGAUUAUCCUUUUUAAGAAAUGUAUUGGAACUAAAUGUUGGGCUUUUAGCCUCUUCUGAAAUGGCCAGCUUAAAAGGCACAGACAGCCAUAGCUGUCGAUGCCCUUUGGAGGCAAACACCUCUUUGCCUUAAGCUAUCAGCAAUACACUAAAAGUCUUCAUGAAAGACUCGACAGUUUACUCCCACUGACAUUUCUGUGGGUGUCUGCACUGGUCUUAAAAUGUAAAAAUGUUAAAUGUUUAAAUGUGAUAAUGUUUAAAGUUUAAGUAACUUAUUAUGUUGUGAUUUAUUAUUGUAAUGUAAAAGGAGUACAAUUAAAUAUUUUUGUUAAUUGA